UUUUUUCUUUCUUUCUUUCUUAACCAAAUCCUUUCACUGUCCAAAACUCGGUCUAUUUUUCUCUUUGUAAACCUUUUGUUUUUUUUUUUUCCUGUUUGAUGACAUUCCCUGAACUUUCAUUGCGUUUCCUUUAAAGUGAAGCAAGAAUUUCACUGAUCCAAACAAACAAAAAUAAGAAACAGUAAAGUAACCACCCCUUAAAACCUUCAUCGUUAAGCCCUUUUCUCUUUUAAUUCAUUUUGUUUCCAGAAUUCUCAACAUGUCGAAUAGAUUAAGGGACAGAACUCCCAGCCAAGCCAAACGACACAACCAUCUACACGAAACGGCGGCGAUGCCUAAUUACUUGACCGAAACGCUGACGUGUCCUUUGGGGGAGCUGGCGACGAAUUUAUCGGAUUCGGAGCUCCGGGAGACGGCUUACGAGAUUCUGGUCGGGGCCUGUCGGAGUUCCGGCGGGAAACCGCUGACUUACAUAUCACAGUCGGAGAGGAAUUCCGAAAAGGCGCCGGCCCUGGUGCCGACGUUGACGUCGUCGGCGUCGUUGCAGAGGUCGUUGACGUCCACGGCGGCGAGCAAGGUGAAGAAGGCUUUGGGGUUGAAAUCGUCGCGGAGGAGGAAGUUGAAUGGUGAGUCGGACUCGGAACGAGUCAAAAAGGCGGUUACGAUUGGGGAGAUGUUGAGGGUUCAGAUGGGAAUUUCAGAGCAAACGGAUUCCAGGGUUAGAAGAGCUCUGUUGAGAGUUGCUGCUGCUCAGCUUGGGAGACGGAUAGAAUCAAUAGUGUUGCCUCUUGAGAUGUUACAACAACUCAAGCCUUCCGAUUUUCCAAAUCAAGGAGAAUAUGAAGCUUGGCAGAGGAGAAAUCUGAAGCUUCUUGAAGCUGGACUUCUUUUGCAUCCUCUCUUGCCCCUAGACAAGACCAAUACUGCUCCGCAGCAACUACGACAGAUCAUUCGCGGGGCCUUGGAGAAACCCUUGGAGACUGGAAAAAACAGUGAAUCAAUGCAAGCUGUCCGGAGCAUUGUUUUGUCUCUGGCCUGUAGAUCCUUUGAUGUGUCUGUUUCCGAGACCAGCCACUGGGCAGAUGGAUUCCCAUUCAAUCUCAGAAUUUACCAAAUGCUGUUAGAAGCUUGUUUUGAUGUUAAUGAUGAAACAGCUGUUAUUGAGGAGGUUGAUGAGGUUCUAGAACUCAUAAAGAAGACAUGGGUGGUCCUUGGAAUGAACCAAAUGCUGCAUAAUCUUUGUUUCUUGUGGAUUUUAUUUAACCGUUAUGUGGCAACUGGUCAAGUGGAAGGUGAUCUGUUGUUUGCUGCUAAUAAUCUAUUGAUGGAAGUUGAAAAGGAUGCAAAGGCAAUGAAAGAUCCAGAUUAUUCCAAGAUAUUGAGUGCUACUUUGAGUGCAAUCUUAGGUUGGGCUGAGAAAAGGCUUCUGGCCUACCACAAUUAUUAUAAUAGUGAUAACACUGAGUCAAUGGAAUGCGUUGUUUCUAUGGGGGUUCUAUCAGCAAAGAUAAUGGUUGAAGAUAUCUCACAGGAGUAUCGUAGGAAGAAAAAGGAAAUUGAUGUGGCUCAUGAGAGAGUUGAUACAUACAUAAGAUCAUCACUCCGCACUGCAUUUGGUCAGAUAAAGGAGAAGGUGAAGUCUGGCAAACGUUCUUCUAAGAACCAGCAAAAUCAGCUUCCUUUCCUUUCCAUCCUUGCACAGGAUGUCAGUACUCUGGCUUUCAGUGAGAAGGCAAUAUUUAGUCCAAUAUUAAAGAGGUGGCAUCCUCUUGCAGCCGGUGUAGCUGUAGCCACUCUUCAUUCCUGCUAUGGGAAUGAACUGAAGCAAUUUGUUUCUGGCAUUGGUGAAUUGACACCAGAUAUACUACAAGUGCUGAGAGCUGCUGACAAAUUGGAGAAAGAUCUGGUGCAAAUUGCAGUUGAAAAUUCAGUAGACAGUGAGGAUGGUGGAAAGUCAAUCAUAAGGGAGAUGCCUCCUUAUGAGGCUGAAUCCGUAAUUUCCAAACUGGUUAAAUCAUGGAUAAAGACAAGACUAGAUAGACUGAAGGAAUGGGUUGACAGGAAUCUGCAACAAGAGGUGUGGGAUCCACGAGCCAAUAAAGAGCGAUUUGCUCCUUCUGCUGUUGAAGUUUUGCGAAUUGUAGAUGAAGCUUUAGAAGCAUUCUUUUUGUUACCAAUACCGAUGCAUGCUGCUUUGCUUCCUGAUUUAACAACUGGUAUUGACAGAUGUCUUCAACAUUAUAUAUCAAAGGCAAAGUCUGGCUGUGGGAACCGAAGUACUUUUGUUCCCUCAAUGCCUGCAUUGACCAGAUGUUCAACAAGGGCCAAAUUUCCUGGUGUAUUUAAGAAAAAAGAAAAGUUUCAAAUAGCACAGAGUAAGAAAUCUCAGGUUGGGACUACAAAUAGCAAUGGCUCCUUUGGCAUACCCCAGCUGUGUUGUCGUAUUAAUACUCUGCAGCAUAUUCGAACUGAGUUGGAUGUCUUGGCAAAAAGAGUUAUUGGCUAUCUUAGAAAUUCUGAAUCCACUCAUGUUGACAAUGUUGCCAACUGGAUGGGGAAAGCAUUUGAACUUUCAACUGCUACUUGUGUGGAAGGGAUCCAACUACUGUGUGAGGCGACAGCCUAUAGGGUCAUCUUCCAUGAUUUAAGUCAUGUUCUUUGGGACGGCUUGUAUGUUGGGGAAGUUUCAUCUUCUAGGAUUGAACCUUUUCUUCAGGAGCUUGAGCAUUAUUUGGAGGUUAUUUCAUUAACGGUGCAUGACAGAGUCAGAACACGACUUAUUACAGAUGUAACGAGAGCUUCUUUUGAUGGUCUCCUGCUAGUUUUACUUGCCGGAGGCCCUGCUCGUGCUUUCAGUCUGCAAGAUUAUGAACUAAUAGCAGAGGAUUUUAAGUUCCUCACUGAUUUAUUUUGGUCCAAUGGUGAUGGACUUCCUACUGAUUUGAUUGAAAAGUUUUCGACAACAGUUAAAGCCGUCCUCCCAUUAUUUCACACUGAUACUGGCAGCCUGAUUGAGCAAUUCAAAUCUGUGACUCUAGAGAGUUAUGGUUCUUCCGCUAAAUCCAAGCUUCCACUGCCACCAACUUCUGGCCAGUGGAGUCCAACUGAACCAAACACACUCUUGCGAGUUUUGUGUUAUCGGAGUGAUGAGACAGCAGCAAAGUUCCUUAAGAAGACUUACAACUUGCCAAAGAAACUCUAACAAUUUUUCUGGUGAAAACAACAGUCCAAUGAUGCAAUUUUUUGGUAAAAACAGCUUGAAGUGAUUCAUAUAGCUUCCCAAGUUUGUCAUGUCAUAGGCGUUAAAGCCCCGAUAAUAUACCUUUGGUGGGAGUGUUGUUAGAAAAGUUAUACCUCCUGAGGUAAUCUAUGUGGCACCUGUAUAGUAUUUUUGUUGGCUGGAGCAGUGUGAGGUUCUUGGCCAUUCUUUUUUAUAGAUAUGAUUAUGAUUAUUCUUCCUUCUCUAACCAUUUGUAAUAUUAUUCCCCCACAAGUGAAAACCAAAGUUGCAGGAUACAAGUACAAAGGUCUGAUUGAUUAACUUAUUGAGGAAAUUUGAAAGGUUUUGGUUCUGCUUCAAUGAAUUGGUGUUUGUAUUUUAUGGUGGUUGUUUAACAGCCUUUGUAUGGAGAAUUGUGUUGCUUAUUGAAUGGAAUGCAAGGUUUUUUUCCAA